GUUGAUUGGCCAAAGAACACCAUGUCCCACAAUGCAAAGCUCAAUGUUGACACGCAACAAUGGCGGCUUCCAAUGUAAGCGUGGAAAGUGUAAGACGACUGUUAAACGACAGUUUAACAAAUCUGGGAUUUGAAGUUUACCCGUUAAAGAUUGGCUGGUACAACUCUGUGCUACCUCCCACCCUGCACCUGUCGUAUCCAGAUGACACCCUGGCUGUGGUGGUGCUCAGCACUCCCUCCAUGUUUGAAGAGGCCUUUCUGCCUUUCCUCGAGCAGAGGUGCUACCAGGGGCUUAAUGACCCCAUAGACCAGUGUGUUAGACAAUGCAUUACCUCUGCUGUCUCUCAGUGUUUUCCAGGAGGGAAGGUGGAUGUGAGGUUCGACUAUGAGCUACUGCCCAGCAGGAAGCCCAAGUUCUUGGCCCAGACUGCAGCUCACGUAUCGGGAGCAGCUUUUUACUACCAAAAGGCUGAUGUGACGGAGCAGCCCUGGGCUGAAAAAAAAAUGUUUGGAGUGUGUGUGCAUCCGCGGUUUGGGGGCUGGUUUGCCAUCCGAGCUCUGUUGGUGUUUGGAGAUGUCACGGUGGGCUCUGAGCUGGUGCAGCCUGUUCCUCCUGACUGUGUGCCAUCCAGAGAGGGCAGGAUAAAGCUGCUAGAGGCUUUUAACUUUCACUGGCAGGAUUGGAGCUACCGAAACAUUAUCAGUCCAAUCCAGACCUACUCUCAGAAACAGAGGGACUACUUCUCCACCCCUCCUGCCCAGCGUGUGGCUCUGCUCAGGGCUUGGGGCCAUCUGCCAAGUGACAAUAAUCAACCUGAACCCACCUCGGACACACAGAGUCAAGAAAUUGGACAUGGGUGAAUUGUGGAAGCACCGCCUGUCCUUUCUGAAUUCAAACCUCUGCUGUAUCUAGAACUUAAAUGAAGUCUUGGUUGAACACCUUUUUAUUCAAACAGCUUCUUAUUGAGACCAAAGCUGGGAUUUUAAUGUAAGCUUGGCUUUUUGGUGAAAGCUGCUUUUUCAGGGUUGGAAAUGUGUUUGAUUCUUUGUUUUGUUUUUUUCUUAAAAGUUUAACACUACUGAAAAUAUCAGUAACAUAUCAGCUUCCUCUACGUCUUGUAUUAUUAGGUAAUAGCUGAUUUUAUUGAGUGGAUGUUUGCUGAGUUGUAUUCUGUUCAGGAAAGCAGAGUUUACAGUCUGAUGUGCUUUUGCAUAGUAAUGCACUUUAGUUUUUGUUGUGUCCUAUCGGGAAAAUAGAGAAUGUGUGUGUCCAAGUAGCAACAGGAAGGUUUUGCUUCACAUUUUGAAUGACUCAAGUUCAAAAUUGAGUUAAGCCAUGUGUCAUCAGCAUGUUUAAUCUGCAUGCAAGUGCCUUGAUUAAAAAAAGAACACUAUUGUUUUUCUGUAUAAUGUUUUUUAUUUGAUUUAACAGUGAAGCAAUAAAAGUUGAGA